UGGUACCUUCCCCUCCCUUCCCUCCCAACCCCUCUCUCUCUCUCUGGCUGUAAAUUGUGAAGGAAAAUAAAUUUAAAAAAAAAGUGAUGAGUGAUGAAUGAGAAUGGCUUCAGGAGGUGGGAUGGAUCCGGACACUGCCCUGGAGCUGGUGAAGAAGGGCGCCACCCUUCUCCUCCUCGACGUCCCCCCGUUCACCCUCCUCGGCAUCGACACCCAGUUGUUUUCUACGGGACCGAAGUUUAAGGGUAUAAAAAUGAUCCCACCUGGUCCUCAUUUUAUUUACUAUAGUUCUUCAAGCAAGGAAGGAAAUGAGUUUGCGCCAAUGGUAGGCUUCUUCCUUACUACUCAUCCAGCUGAGGUAGUAAUUCGUAAGUGGCAUCAGCAAGAGGAGAGGUUGAUCAAAGUAUCAGAAGAUGAGGAAUGCAGGUAUUCGGAAGCUGUUAAACGGUUAGAGUUUGAUAACCAGCUUGGUCCCUAUAGUUUAGACCACUAUGGAGAGUGGAAGCAGCUUUCCAAUUACAUAACUCCAACCAUCAUUGAACGUAUUGAACCUGUUGGAGGAGAAAUUGCAAUAGUAUACGAGUCUGGAUUGAUUGACAAAGCUCCUAAAACAGCUAUGGAGAAACGCUUGAUGGAGCAGCUUAGGCAAAGCAAGUUUUCAAAUUAUACUACAAAAGAAACUCAGAAGAAAGGGUGUUACUAUACUAAUAUUCCUCAUGCUGUUAAGAAUAAGGAUUUAUCAGGAGAGGAGCUUACAGCUCUGAAUCUUGACAAAACAAGAUUGCUGGAAACUAUUUUGACAAAAGACUAUGGAGGCUCAGAAGAUCUACUAUUAGGAGAGUUGCAGUUUGCAUUUGUAGCAUUUAUGAUGGGGCAGUCUCUUGAGGCUUUUCUACAGUGGAAAGCAUUACUUAGCCUUCUAUUCAGCUGCAGUGAGGCUCCUCUUCAUACAAGAACAAAUCUAUACACAAAGUUUAUCAAGGUGCUUUACCAUCAGCUGAAGCACGGUUUUCAGAAAAGUCGAAGCAAUGAAAAUGAUCAGUCUAAAGGAAUCUCUGUGUUCUUGGAUGAUUCAUGGUUCUCCAAGGACACCUUUCUUUACCAUUUUUGCAAGGAUUUCUUCCCUGUAGUGCUGGAAUCACCAGUAGUAGAUGGAGAUCUUCUAUCAUGGACGAGAAAACUGAAGAGACUGCUUGAAAAUACAUUUGGAUGGGAUUUCAAGGAUAAUGCGCUUGAUCUCAUGGAAGAAGAUGACGACGAGUUCGCCCCAGUUAUCGUAUCUACCGAUGAAUCAAAUUCUAUUGGAACCUCAUCGAUUCUAUAAUUCCCAAGAGGUUAUAUGCUCACCACAAACUUCAGACGAUCUCUUUGAACUGCAUCUUGUUCAAAUAUUUCCUUGCUUCCAUGGCUAACAUCAUCAUGUAUCAUAUAUCCUUCAGAUAAUAUUACAGUUAUUUGGUUCUUUGUUUAGAACAUGACCAACAACCGAUGCAGGACGGAGUUGCAUUUAAGAGUAGUGUUACUAAAUUGUUGUGUUUGUAACAAGAUAAGAUGCCAUUUGGUUUGGUAUUCUAUUUGAGAAUAUUUUUGUCGAU